GUUUUACAAAUCGGGAAAAAAAUACGCAGGUUUAAACAUAAAACAGUAGUUUAGAAACAGUUUUUUUCCCCUGCGCUUCCUUGCUUUGGUUGCUGUACUCUGUAUUUCUGCUGCUGCUAGCGCUAGCUGCGCCGAUCGAGUCUACCCCUACCGCCGAUACUGCACAUUGAUGGAUGACAAAUCCCACGACUGUCACUCAGCAAGCAGACGGCAACAGCUUUUAAAAAGUAGACACUGGUGCAGUUCAGGUCUGUCUACAAGUUGACUUGGUGCUACACAGGUAUUCACACACAAACACACACAAGAUGUUGCCAUUAGGAUGCUCUGCAAGACUCCCCAUUGUAGCUACAUGUCUCUUUAUAGCGGUAGUGCAAGGAACAUACAACGCUUCAGAGCCGAACCGACAGACCCACAUGUGUGGACGGGACUUCAUUGUUGCACUACCCCUUGAUGGUUGGAAACUGGAAGCAGCUGGUUCUUUCCUUCAGAUUGCUUGUGUCUCUGGUGGAUUAGAUCCAAAGGCUAACGGCUCUAUAACUCUAAAUGGGAGAGGUUACUCAGAGACGUUUACUGCCGAACCAUUUGCUUCAAUAGUUCUCACAAGCUUCAAACGAUUCCUCCUAAAUACAAGUACAAAUAUUCUCUACAUAAAAUCGGACUUGGACAUCGUCGUCACAUUGUUCGUACAAAUUGGUGAGACCUUAAGCGCCUACACAGCGAUGCCCAUAGCGUCUUUGGAUAAGGUCCACUUGGUUGCUUCUUAUGGUUUGCUGGAAGAUAAUUUAUCAGAGCUCACUGUAGUCGGCACAGCGCCCACACAGAGUAUAACCUUCAACGAAAAUGCAGAUAAUGUUACUCUGCAAAGUCAGGGGGGUGUAAGGCCGCUGUCCUGCAAUGUGUUACGCAACCAGUCAUGCGUUUACCAAACCAGCAAUGAUUUCAAAGGUGGUCAUCUCCAGUCCCCUGAUCCCCUCAUGGCAAUAGUUGAAAGUAGAUGCUCAGACGAGGCAAGUGGUUGUUUAGGUCACUCCAUGGAUAGCCUUUACCCACUGGUUGCACUUGGGCGGAGGUACACGGCUGUGGCUGUCGACAGCCGGGAUGUCAGUGGAACCUUCCGUGCCGUGGCAGUUUGGAAUAACACUGUUAUUUCCUGGUCUGACAGCGAGAAUGUGACACUCGCCAACGGUCAGACCCGAGAUCUGAGUUUUAACGUGAAUGAAGUUGGCAACAUUAAAGGAUCUAAACCCUUUCUCCUGUUGCAUCAUAUUGAGAGAGGAGUACCGGCCAGUGACAUCGCCUUGGUGACUGUACCACCCCAUGAACAGUUGACUCGUAAAACUAUAACUUUCUCAACUUACAAAGUCAUCAACAAAGAACAACCACAAGUGAAAAGCUUCAUCACUAUCAUAAACCCGUGCCAUGAUGAAAUAUUAUUACAGCGCAUUUCCUCGACAAGGCCUCGCACUGUUCCAACCGUUUCCCAGUCGUCCACGGUGAUACAUUUAAGUGAGGAUGAAGCGAUAUGUGGCUAUAGCAAAGAUCUAGAACCAGGGGUCUACACUCUGGAGGUGAGUCCAGAUAAUCCAAGAGGCAGUUACUCCGCUAUUCUGUACACUGUUACCGAGACUGGCGUUGCGGCACACAUCCUGGCCACAGAACUAAACCAGGUGGUUUGCGGCGUGGAGCUAUCGGAAAAAGUACAUCUCUGCCCAACAAAAUUAAUCACCAUCCAACCACCAACAGUAACAGCCAAAUCUGAUCCAUCUGAACCAUCUGUUACUAUCCAUGGUGGGGAACAGACAAAUAAUGCAAGUAGCACAAUUAUUCCCGUAGUCAUUGCGAUCCUGAGUGUGGUUGCGGGUGCCAUAGUCAUCGCCAUUUUCAUGUUUCGCUAUUGUAAGAGGAGGCGAUGGAAGCGAUUAGAAGAGGCUGACUACAUGGAGGACAAUCCCAUCAGGCUGCAUGCAUUGGACAUGUUGGAACAAGAACAAGGUUUGUAAUUAAGCAUUACAAAUCACAGGAUUGAAAUAACUGUACAUUCACUCAAAACAAUAAUGACAUGUGUUAAUUGUGUAUCAAUCAAAAUUUUUACAUGUAAAAAUCUAAAUUUUUGAUACAGAAAAUUUUCAUAUUUUCAUAUUAAAGUAGAAUAUGUUUGGGAGUGUUGACAGAUCUAAAAAUGUUUUUACAAAAUUUACGUUGAAUGAGUUUUUUAAGUCAGACUGCAGCUUUUGAAGGCGGGGUAUACUUUCGGUAAUUUUUUGUCAAAGACCAGUAUCCUAACUUUGUAUACCCCAAAAUGUUGCAUGUAAAAUAGCAAACCUGUAAAAAUGUUUGGCUCAAUUGGUCAUCUACAUAUAAGUUGCAUGUACAAAAAGUUUGUUGCUUAGAGUUAUUUGCUUUCAGAUGCUUGAAGCCGUACUGAGAUUCAAUUGUGGGGGGUGAAAAUUAUCUCUUUCGCUAAAACUACACUCGACAAAUAGACCGUAUUGAAUAUGACGUCACCGUUCAAAUAUCUGACCUACAACAUGGUGUCUGUGCGCGUGUGACGUGCCUGUGUGCGUGCAUUUGCUGUAGCAAUCAAACCGGGAGUACUGCGUGCCUCAUUGAUGUACGCGUUUGGAGGCGCAUACGGUUUGCCCUACAAGAUAGUAACUUUCAUAGCAAACAGGGGUGAUUCAAUACGGUCUAUUGGGAGUCAUCUCUUGAGUGUUUUGUUCUGUCAACCGCUUUUCAAUGCUUGAUACAAAGUUUGUUUUUUGGUCAUUACAAAAACUUGUAGAGUAAUUACUAAAAGUAUACCCUGCCUUGAAAAUAAAAUAAAUGUAUUAAACAACAAUACAUGUACAUGUACAUUGAAGCUUCUUGCAGUUGCAAAGCUCCGAUACACACGUCUUAAAAAAAGAGGCUCAUUCAAAACUCAAUUUGCCAGUUCUCAGCUUUUGAAAGCGGUGCUUUUAGUUUCACAUCCAAUUGUGUAACAAAAAUACAUAUAAUGUUAGGACAGUGAGAGAACUCUGUUUAAAAUUCUAAUUAUACUAACUAAUUAUGCAAUGAUGUUAAUCAAGAUGUCUUUUUUGUACUGAUUUUUGUGAGUAAAAUAUAUUUAAUCCGUUGAACCGCCUUUAAAUUCUUUAUUAAUCGCCAAUUUUAAAUGUAAAAUAAAUGUUUGAAAACCAGUACUUUGUUCAAGUGAACAAAAUUGGUGCACGCAGUAGCAGGAACAAAAUAUCUGCGCUAAUUGUCUGCAUUCAGAGAGGUGCUUAGCACAGUUUCUAUAUUAAACACUGCUUGACUUAGCAAAGCAAUAAGCAUGCUUAGUCCCAAUUUCAUAGAACAGGACCCAAUUUCAUAGAGCUGCUUAGAGACACUGGACACUAUUGGUAGUUGUCAAA